AUGACCCGUUUACUGACAACGGCCCACGUGGUGCUGCUGCUUCUGCUUCUCUCCUCCCACGUCCCAGAAUGCAUCAGUGGGCCUACCAAGUACCUGUGCGGUCCCCACCUGGUGGAGGCCCUGUACCUGGUGUGUGGUGACCGUGGCUUCUACUACAGUACCGGAAAGAGGAGCAAGAGGGAUCUGCAGGCUCUCCUGGUUUUACUCUCCAAGUCUCCAGUCCCAUGGCGCCCGGGAAAGCACCCGGCGGAGACGGAGCGGAUGCACAUGGAGGUGCGGAAGAGGAGGGGAAUCGUGGAGCAGUGCUGCUUCAAGCCAUGCGGCAUCCACCACCUGCAGAACUACUGCGAAUGA